GCAGGUGAGGGGCAGGUACAGUCAAUCAACAGACGGUCAACAGCAAACAUGAACGCUAAGGUCUUCUUCAUGCUGGUAGGUGUGGCCGUGGCCCUCCCUGCCCCCGAAAAGCCCGUCACCAGCUACGGCGUCCCCGCGGCCUCCCACGAGUCCUCUUCCUUCGAGCACUUCUCCCCCGCCUCCUCCUCCUUCGAACACUCCGGCCAGGACUCUGCCUCCUUCGAGAGCUACCGUCCCUCCUCCGCCUCCGGCUCGGGCUCAGACUCAGGCUCCUACGAGUCCUACGAGUCCAGCGAGGCCAAGUAUGAGUUCGAAUGGUCCGUGGAGGACGCCUCCACCGGCAACGACUUCGGCCACAAGGAGGCCCGUGACGGCGACUACACCCAGGGCGUGUACACCGUAAGGCUUCCCGACACCCGCCUGCAGACCGUCACUUACGUCGUUGAGGGCGACAAAGGUUACGUGGCCGACGUCAAGUACGACGGUGAGGCUCAGUUCCCCGACUCCUACUCCCGCGAGUCCUACGAGUCCCGCGAAUCCUUCGAGUCCUUCCACUCUGGCUCAGGCUCCGAUGAGUCCGUUGAGGCUGUGUACGCCCCUCCCCCACGCACCUCUUACGCCGCCCCUGACUCUAACGAGUCCAAGUAAACUGUGACGGAGUCUCCCUGAGGCCACGAGCCCCGGCGACUCGCGGCCUCUGGUUCCUUUCUUGCCUAAUCAAAGUAUGUUAAGUCUUCACGCUGUGCUGCCAUCUCUUCCCGAUCUCUGUCCUGUGUUUACGAGUAUAUUAUUAUCUAUGUAUUGCUAUUUAUUGCGAAAUAAACUAUAAGUGUUACC